GAAAUAGAGGCUUCUGAUUUAAUGGUUCCUCAGAAACCGAUGAUCCUGUAUUUCCGUGUUUGUGUUCCUGUAUGAUUUUCAUUCUCUCAUAACGGAAUUUGUCUUUUUUUUUUUCUUUUUUUAGUGCUCAGUCCCCAUUAGCCGAACACAUUGCCUUCUCCAGACUGGGCAUUUUAUAUAUAUAAACAUAUGAGAGAGAAAAUAUUUUCUCCUCCUCAAUUCUUUACUGCGUUUGCUCUUCGAGUAGUCUGCCAUUGUCCUCGAAUACAAGAUAUAACAAUGGUAAAUUUUUUUUUAUUCGUCAAAACCUGACGAAACAUCCAACGGAAAUAUGUCUUACUCCUAGAUUUUUUUGGAAUUUCCGAAAAAUUCCUAGAAUUUUUCGGAAGUGGUAAUGUUCUAAACAGGAAAUGAUGUCACUGUGUGGUUUAGUUUCCGGUGAUACUAAUCUUAAUUUUUAUUUAUUUUGUCUGUUUUGCAGAUGAUAUAGAUGAUUACAACAAUGCAUUAGAAUCAAGAAUAAAUGCACGAUUCCAGGUAAAAUUUCGACAUGGUUUUAAUUAAUUUAAAUUAAUUUUAAUUCGUGAAAUAAACUCUCUCUUUUCUACUUUUCUUUUUUAAAGUCCAUUCUUUUCUUAGGGUAUAGAAACCGAUGAAAGAAUCAGAUUUAAUCUUCUAAGGAAGGAAUUUCCUAGCUGUGAACGUGAUUUUCAUAACUGGCUUUCUUCGUCUGCCGAUUUUCAAAGAUUAAGUGAAAACGUUAAAGUAAUAAUAAGUGUUUUCCUUCAUAAAUUUCUGUAUCUUGUCUGAUGUUUCCUCUACUUCUUCUUCGAUAGAUGGUAUCAAAAGAUAGAUACCGCUUCAGGGGGAUUAUAAUGGAAAUAAUCGACAUGUCGCUGGACGUGCACUUGAGAUUACAGAGAUGCUUUUGGGAUCCUUUGAAAUAUCGCUUGAAUUCCGUCACGGAGUUAAUGGGCGCCAUCUUAAACCUGGCCCUAAGAAUUAUUCGUUAUUGUAAUUCUAGAGAACAAUUUUAUGCCAUAAAACUGAAAUUAAUUCUAAAACACUAUGUCGACGUUCGGUUUCGUGGUGUCGAUGGAAUUAGCUUGAAGUCAUUUUCGGAAAUGUUAGAUGAAAUAGAAUCAAAACUGAAGAAACUAGUGAGCCAGUAUAAACGCGAAGAAUGGAUUUCGAACUACAAUUGGUUACUUCUUCAUGCUGAUGACCCUCUGGAAUAGGUUAUUGUACAUUGUUUUUAAAGUGUUGGCAUUUGUGGAUGCUACAAGUAAUUGCUCAUGGCUAUUGACAAUUGAAUGUAACAGGCUAUUUACAUGUAAGCGUAUGUUUUGCUUUACUUUCGUGUAUUAAAAAAAUUGGUUUCAAAGGUUUUUUUUAAAUUCCCUUUUUUUUUAUUGUAUUUUUUACCUGACAAAUAAAAAAAAUUUUUUUGAAAAUUUAUAAAUUGACUGUCACGUUUAUAAACUCGCCCUUUUUCAAACGAAAUGGUAUUACAAGGUUGAACCGUGAUCUUUAUCAAGAUCAAUCUCGCCACCUUUGCUGCAAACUUUCAAUCCAGCAAAGAAUGUCCUUGAAGAAAGUCUCCAGCAUAGGUUAUUGUUAUUGAAUUGUAUAUUGGCAAUAUGGUUCUGCGGGGCGCGAAAUACAUGGUAGCUAGUUAUUUCUCAUUAAAUCUGGGCUUUAAGGUGGAUAAACCUCCCAGACCAGCUUGUCUAAGGUUAUAUUUGAACUGUGUGUUGGCGUAUUGUUAUGAUGGUAUUGGACUUUUUGUCAACUUUUGGAAUGUACGGGAGCACUCGAGUUACGGUGAGAAUUCUCUGGUGUUCAAACGUGGAUUAUUGCCUAUCAGUUGCAGAAGAAUGUUGUCGUCAAUAGUGUAACAUUUUUCCCAGUCUUUUCUACUAAAAAAAAAUCGAAAUGUCUAAAUUUCACCUCUGCAGAAUUUUUUGUAUUGUAUUGUAGAAGGCCUAAAUUUAUGGCCCCGGUAGCAGGAAGUUGAAUAUUGGCAUCGGGACUGGACGAUUUUUCCCCAUGUUUACGUUGCUAAGUGGUAUAUAUUGAGAUUUGCUCCCGGAUAUACAAGCAAGAGGUCCCUUCAAAAAAAUUCUGCAGAGGCCUGGUUGAGAGAAAUUAAAUAUUCACUAUGAGGAUUAAACGAAAUAUUUACUCGUGGUUGGUUUGGUGGGAUAAGGCAACGUAAUACGUGGGCGACCUGCUUUGAGAUCAGACAUGUGAAGAAAACCUGAAAUUCCACACGGCCAGCCAUUGAUGAGGCGUAAAUCCAUAACCAGUGUUCAAUAAUCAGACUCUCAAUGUGAUGGCUGGGUUGUGAGGAUCAGGACCCAACAACCAAUCCAGGAUGGAACACCCUCCAAAAAAUUCUUGGUACAGACCACCGACCAGAAAACUGCUGGGAUUUUCCAACUCACCCGGUUUCAUUCCCAAAUUUCCCUACAAUUGCAAACUUACCAUUCUGAUGAACUGGUGAACCUCGGGUGAGAGAACCCAGGAACUUCUGAUGGGCAAUCUGUUCCGGAAAUAUUAGGUCCGUUCCUCAUUAUUCUGACGACCCCAUGAUGGGUAUAAUUAUUGCCAUAGAUGAAAAUAAUUCAGUUUAUAAUUGAGUGCAAACUUCUCACGAGAAAAAUAUCAAAUGAACUGCAGAUUCCUUUAUUGGGCUAUUAAGGAUAAUAAAUAAGCAAUAUGGCAGGAAGCAGUCCGCCAUCUCUUGUUAAAUAUAAUAAUUAUAAUUUUAGGUUAUUCUAGAAGAAAUACGUUCGGAACGGGACUCGAACCCAUGCCAGCUUUUUUUUAGUGAAAAUUACAUAACUUUUGUUAGAAUACUGUUUGUUUAAAUAUUUUAAAGACUAAUAAACAUAUAUAUAGCAUAUAUCAUAGGGAUGGGCAACCCACAGCCUGCUGAAUGCAUAGCAUUUUUUCA